UGCCCACGGAGAGGUUACCAUCAGCGGACACCGGGACUGGUUUUGGCCCUGCAGUGAACCCCAGAUGAACGGGGGGUAAUCAUCAAACAUGGCUCCUGUCUGCAAACGGGCCAGGAAGAGGAGAUGAGGACGGUGGCGCUGGAGGCUCAAGAUAGAAGCGCUUUUCUGGAAGGUGCAGGGAGGGAGGGGGCCCGUUCCCUUGUUGUCUAAGCGGAUCAAGAAAAAGGGAAAACGAGCUAUUUAUAAGCCGGCCGUUCGGACGAUCGUCCAGUGACACCAUGACCAGCGGGCCGGAUGAGAGCUCGGUCCGCGUCGCCCUGAGGAUCCGUCCUCAGCUGGCCAAAGAGAAGAUCGAGGGCUGCCACAUCUGCACCUAUGUGAUGCCAGGGGAGCCGCAAGUGGUGCUGGGUAAAGACAAGGCCUUCACCUACGACCAUGUCUUCGAUAUGGACUCCCAGCAGGACGCUAUCUACACCCACUGCACAGAAAGACUUAUCGAGGGCUGCUUCGAGGGCUAUAAUGCCACCAUCUUUGCAUAUGGACAGACCGGUUCAGGGAAGACCUACACCAUGGGAACUGGCUUCGACGUCAACAUCGGAGAGGACGAGCUGGGUAUCAUUCCCCGGGCGGUCAACCAUCUGUUCAGAGGGAUUGAGGAGCGCAGACAGGCUGCCACCGAGCAGGGCAAGCCGGUCCCAGAGUUCAAGAUCAACGCUCAGUUCCUAGAGCUGUACAACGAGGAGGUUCUGGACUUAUUCGACUCAACACGAGACAUUGAAGCCAGGAAACAGAGAUCCAACAUCAAAAUCCAUGAGGACGCAAACGGAGGCAUCUACACUGUGGGGGUCACCACUCGCACCGUGACCUCUGCGGCAGAGAUGAUGCAGUGUCUGAAGCUGGGCGCUCUGUCUCGUACCACCGCCAGCACUCAGAUGAACGUCCAGAGUUCCCGCUCCCACGCCAUCUUCACCAUCCACUUGUGUCAAGUCCGAGUCUGCUCUGUUGAUAACAAUGACAAUGAGACGGACAACCGCCUAGCUAAUGAUUCAGACAUCAACGAGUUCGAGACGCUGACAGCCAAGUUCCACUUUGUGGACCUGGCUGGUUCUGAAAGACUGAAGAGAACUGGAGCAACAGGAGACAGAGCCAAAGAAGGCAUCUCCAUCAACUGUGGGCUGCUUGCUUUGGGGAAUGUCAUCAGUGCUCUGGGAGAUCGGAGUAAGCGUUCCACCCAUGUGCCUUACAGAGAUUCCAAACUGACCCGCCUGUUACAGGAUUCGUUGGGUGGUAACAGUCAAACGAUGAUGAUCGCCUGCAUCAGUCCAUCAGACCGGGACUUUAUGGAGACCCUGAACACUCUGAAGUAUGCCAAUAGAGCCCGGAACAUCAAGAACAAGGUGGUGGUGAACCAGGACAGAGCCAGCCAGCAGAUCAGCGCCUUGAGGACUGAGAUCGCUCGCCUGCAGAUGGAGCUGAUGGAGUAUAAGACGGGAAAGCGGAUGGUGGGCGAGGAUGGCAUGGAGGGCAUCAACGACCUUGUCCAUGAAAACUCGAUGCUGCAGACAGAGAACAACAACCUGAGGGUGAGAGUGAAGGCCAUGCAGGAAACCAUCGAUUCCCAGAGGGCCAGACUCACACAGAUCCUCAGUGACCAGGCCAACCAGGCUCUGGCUAAAGCAGGUGAAGGCAGUGAAGAAAUCGGGAACAUGAUCCAGAACUACAUCAAAGAAAUCGAGGAGCUGCGAGCCAAACUUCUAGAAAGCGAGGCUGUGGCCGAGAACCUCAGGAAGAAUCUGUCCCGUGCCUCUACUCGCUCCUCGCUGUAUGGCGGCCCUGGAUCCUUCUCCACCCUCCUCGCCCCUGAAAAGGAGGCCAGUGAGGUCAUUGAGAUGGCCAAGAAGGACCUGGAGAAGCUCAGGAGAAAGGAGAAAAAGAAGAAGAAGAGUGCUGUCAAAGAAGAAAUGCCAGACAACGAGCACGAGCGAGGCAACGACGAGGCCGAGCUGGAGGUGAGUGACCAUGAAGAGGGCGAGGAUGCAGAUGGAGAGGAGGAGGACUUCGACAUGGCAGGAGACGAGACGUCUGAUGAGUCUGACUCUGAAGAGCUGGAGGAGAAAGAAAACGUCCAGGCUGAUCUCGCCAACAUCACCUGUGAGAUCGCCAUCAAGCAGAAGCUGAUAGACGAGCUGGAGAACAGCCAACGGCGUCUGCACACUCUGAAACAGCAGUAUGAGCAGAAGCUGAUGAUGCUGCAGAACAAGAUCAAGGACACUCAGCUGGAGAGGGACAAGGUGCUGCAUAACAUGGGUGCAGUGGAGUCUGGCACUGAGGAGAAGGCCAAGCGGAUCAGAGCUGAGUAUGAGAGGAAGCUGAGCUCCAUGAACAAAGAGCUCCAGAAGCUCCAGUCAGCUCAGAAAGAGCACGCCCGCCUGCUGAAGAACCAAUCACAGUACGAGAAGCAGCUGAAGAAGCUGCAGCUGGACGUGACAGAGAUGAAGAAGACCAAGGUGGCACUGAUGCGCCAGAUGAGGGAGCAGCAGGAGAGAAACAAGGCCGUGGAGUGUAGAAGAAACCGGGAGAUUGCAUCUCUGAAGAAAGACCAGCGCCGAGCAGAAUACCAGCUGAAGCAGAUGGAGGCCCAAAAGAGACAACAGGAGCUGAUCCUUCGCAGGAAGAAUGAGGAGGUUACAGCCCUGAGGCGGCAGGUGAGGCCCGUGUCUGGGAAGGUGAGCAGGAGAGUGAGCGUACCUGAAUCUCACCAUGAGCCAUCACAAAGAGCCACACUAGGAAGGACGCACACCUCUGGAGCGUCUCCGUCCAAUGGAGCCAGGAGUUCCCCUGUCCGGAUGGGGAGGAUCUACUUCAGCAGAAAUGCCAGGGCUAAAUGGCAGACGCUGGAGCGACGCAUCAGUGACAUCAUAAUGCAGAGGAUGACCAUCUCUAACAUGGAGACGGAUAUGAACAGGCUGCUGAAGCAACGAGAGGAGCUGACCAGGCGGAAGGAGCGAGUGUUCAGAAAGAGAGAAAAGAUGGCGGUGGAGGGUGCAGACGCUGACCGCUCCCUGACCUCCCUGAAUGAGGAGCUGGAGUCUCUGAGCGCCAACAUAGACUAUAUCAACGACAGCAUCGCUGACUGCCAGGCAAACAUCAUGCAGAUGGAGGAGGCCAAGGAGGAGGGAGACACGGUGGAUGUUAACGCUGUGAUCAGCUCAUGUAAUCUAUCAGAGGCACGCUUCCUUUUGGACCAUUUCAUGACUCUGGCCAUCAAUAAGGGUCUACAGGCCUCUCAGAAGGAGUCCCAGCUGAAGGUGAUGGAGGGCCGCUUAAAGCAGACGGAGAUCAACAGCGCCACCCAGAACCAGCUGCUGUUCCACAUGCUGAAGGAGAAAGCGGAGAUCAACCCAGAGCUGGACGCCCUGCUGGGCAGCGCCCUGCAGGAAAAUGGAGACGAUAUCAGCAGUGAUGAGUCUACUCCCAGUCCAGCCACAGAGGGCAGCACUCUGGCAUCAGAUUUAAUGAAGCUCUGUGGUGAAUCCAGACCAAGAAGCAAGGCUCGCAGGCGAACCACCACCCAGAUGGAGCUGUUGUAUGCCAGCAGUGGAGAUUUUUCAUGUGAGUCCCCAACCGGAGACUUCCCAGCCCCUCUGCUGGCUGUCUCAGAGCGCCUGGAAGGGCCAGCAGACAUGCAGGGUCACAUGCUUGGUCAAACCCUCGAUCGGGAGCAAGCUGUCUCCCCAUCUGCACUGUCUGCCAGGACAGUUGGCUUGUCUGGAUCCAGGUCGCCUACAGGAACUGAGAAGAGACAACUAGAGCGUUCACCCCUAGCCAGAAGAAAGCUGCAAGAGAGAGGAGCCACAACGACUCAUAUCGCAGCGCCCACCAGUCCACCGAGCACAGCAGAGGCUAAAACGAGAGGCAGCGACCACAAAUCACCGUUGGAAGAGUCGCCUGUAUUUGAAGGACACAGAGGUGUGAUCAAUCCUGUGACAGCCCCUAAAAACAGCAGAGGAGCCAAACUCCAGUGUGUUUAUGUUGCUGAGGGACACACCAAACCAGUUCUCUGUGUCGAUGCCACCGAUGAUCUGCUCUUUACAGGCUCUAAAGAUCGUACAUGUAAAGUCUGGAAUCUGGUGACCGGUCAGGAGAUCAUGUCUCUGACAGAUCAUCCUAGCAGUGUUGUCUCUGUCAGGUACACCUCCAGUCUCGUCUUCACCGUGUCCACUGCUUACAUAAAGGUCUGGGACAUUCGAGACUCUGCCAAGUGUAUCCGCACUCUAACGUCAUCCGGUCAGGUAGGUUCUGGGGACAUUUGUUCAUCUGCUAGGAGUUUAUCCAUCCCACCAGGAGAGAGUCAGAUCAACCAGAUAGCUCUCAACCCUAACGGCUCCUUCCUUUACGCUGCUGCUGGCAACGCUGUACGCAUGUGGGACCUCCGCAAGUUUGUGUCCACAGGGAAGCUCACUGGACAUUUGGGACCCGUCAUGUGUCUAACCAUUGACAAAUUAAAUAAUGGACAGGAUGUGGUCCUCACCGGCUCCAAAGACCAUCAUAUUAAAAUGUUUGAGGUGACAGAGGGCGCUCAGGGUAGCAUUAGCUCCACCCACAUGUUUGAACCGCCUCAUCAGGAUGGCGUUGAGUCUCUGGCUCUGCAUGGAGACGUUUUCUACAGCAGCUCCAGAGACUACCACAUCAAGAAGUGGGAUUUAGAAAGUAAACAGCUGGUGCAGUCUGUCAGCACACAGGCGGACUGGGUUAGCGCUCUGGGCGUGGUGCCAGGCUAUCCGGUGCUGCUGAGCGGAUGCAGGGGAGGACUGCUCCGUCUCUGGCACACCAACUCCCUCACAACUCUCGGCGAAGUCCGUGGACACGACAGUCCCAUCAACGGCCUGGCCACCAACAGCAGCCAGCUGUUCACGGCCUCGGAUGACCGCACAGUAAAGAUUUGGGAAGCUAAAGGAUCUCUUGAGGAAGGACUUCACUGACACCUCAUGUUCACCAACCGUACGUGAUCAAGGAUCAUCUGCUGGCUCUUAUCAUGAGGCGACUGCAGCACAUGUGAAAGAACGAUCCUUUCCUAAUGCUCUGUGUGGAUCAGUUUCAGGGACGCCUGCUUAGAUGUGACUGAACUUUUCCUUUCAGCUGAGUCUACGGAUCUCUCAGGGUAAGGAAGAUACUGAUGAAUCCUCAGAGUUACCCAGAGGAGCUCAGAAACAGCUGCUAUGGACAGCAGAUCCUGCUAACUGUGACGAACAGUCAAAGAGGUAAUAUCAAUAACCAACCAUGGUUUCAAACAUUCCUGUCCUCAGUUCAGACCAAGACAACAUGGAUACCUUCUCUGCGUGUGUCGACUUUCUUCAGAACUGCUGAGAAAAAGACGUUUUUGGUGAACCAAUCAGAGCUGUCCAUUAAAACGACAGAAGGCUGAAGGUUCUAGACUAGAGUUUUCCUGCUUACCAGCAAUAACUGUGAGUCUGUUCUGUGUUCACAUGAUGGUAAUUUAUUUCCUGUCGUUGCUGGCGUGUGUUGUCUUUAACAGUGAUAGAAGGUCUGACUCCCCAGCCGCUACUGCCAAAUCAUCUGUUGGAACAAGCCUCCAAAAAGUGUUUACAUUAAAGGUCACAUAUUUGACCCCUUUAAGACAAGUUCAUAUUGUUGUCAGAGGUCCUCAAAACAUGCCUGUGAAGUUUGUUGAUGAAAAACACUCCAGUAUUGAUUUCUGCAUGUCUAAAAACCCCUCUGUUUCAGCCCUGCUCAGAACCACCUGUUUCUGUGUCCGUGGCUUUAAAUCUUAAUGAGGUGUCUGACUCCGCCCCCUGACCAUGCCCCUCCCAGGAAAUAGAUGUAGCUUAACAGCUGAUAGAAAAGCCUGAAAAGGUUUAUUUUGGAGAAUAUGUGACCUUUAAUGAUAAUAAAUCUGUUGUACCGUACCUUAAAAACAAAACAACUGUUACUCGUUUCCGUGUGCACUUUUAGAUUACUGAAGGUUUUUUAUUCUGCUAUGAUCUGAUUCAGGCUUUUCCAGUCAGUAGAAGAUGAUGGAUGAACAGAAUCAGAUCCUAGACUCAGGAAACGGUAGAAACCAGCCUUCUUUAGCAUGCUAGCGCUAGCGAUUUUCUCAGUUUAACAGUUUUGUGGAUGAUAAACGUUCCUGAAUUAUUCGUGUUUCAUUUUUUGCUGAGUCAGUUCAACCUUAAUUUAAUCUGUUACAUCAGGAACUAAACUGAACUAACACUUUUACUGACAUUUGCGUUCUCUCAUGUUCGUUGACUGUCUUAGCUGAGAAGGUUAACCCUCGGUGUUCUCUCCCUCCGUCAUCAGUGUCUGUGUGUCUCUGUAAAAGCUGAAGACUGGCUCUGGCAGCAGACGGCACCCCUGUUUUAAUGCAGUCUAAAGAGCAGACACUUUAAAUCAUUUGAAUAAUGUGAAUAUCAUCAAAUCGAAUCAAGAAGCUUGUAAUCAGUGGCUUUAUGAAGGCUUCUGUUCCUGUGAGCUGUGUUUCUGUGUUUUAUCUGUCCAGAUGCUGUGAUUGGUCCUCCUGUUCUCUGUUUGUUUACCUCCGCUGUCUGAGCGUUGUAAACUGUUCACCAUAUCAAACAGGUUUGGAUGGGACUGAAAAAUGCUAUUUAUUUAUUUCCUUGAUGUGUCUUCCUGUUCAGAGAUUUGUGAUGUCAUCAAAGAGGAGGGGCUUACAGGUGACUUCCUCUUCAUCAUCAGUUAUCAGUGCCUGUAGUUAAAGGUGGAGUUGACUUGAUCCAUGUCGACUAUUCCCCUUUAAAAAUGUCACACAUCUUAAUUUAUUAUGAGCUACUGCACCAGGAUCAUUUACACCAGGGCUGUCAAAAGAUUAUCAUCUUUAAUCGCCAUUAAUCUCAGGAUUUCUGUAGUUAAUUGUGAUUAAUCCCACCUUUAUUAUCUCUUGCUAAAAUGGUACUAUUUUGCAUUCAAACAUGUUUUUGUGUGGUUUUUGGAUUUUCUCUCAUAACGAUGGCUGAAAUGCACAACCUCCUGUCUGAGAAAUGCACUUUUUUGAGAAAACAAAAGAAAAGUUGUUGUUUUCUAGCAGAAUGCUGGUUGUUCAUACACUGGACUAUCUCACUGUAUUAUGUGUUAAUACUAGAGCAGCCCUCCUGAUUCUCAUCAUCCAAACUGAAAUCCUGCAGAUCGGAGGUUUUGACCUUCGGCCAUCGAAGCGUCAUUGCAGACCAGUUUUAUUAUCACAUGAACUUAAACACAGAAAAAGGAACUUGUUAUGGAUUGAACAGUUAAAAGGGAAAUGUUCAGGUGACUUCUGACUUUUCCUCUGAGCUGUCUGAGUUUUUAAAGGUGGACUUAUUUUACAUCGCUGUGGCUGCAGAGAUGCUAAUGUGGAUUAACCAAAGCUUGAUGACAGGGACAAUAAAGCCAGAUUAAACAAGGUAAAAAUAUAAUUGUAGAUCCUAGUUGAUGGGGAUUAAUGUGAUUAAUCUUGACAGCCCUAAUUUAAAGGUGUUAAAGGUGUUUUUUCCAGUACUUAUACUGGGCGCAGGAACUGUUGACGAUGCUGGGACCAGUGGAAUGAGAAUUUUUGCACUGAGAAAUCUAACUAUCAGAAUCUUGAAUUCUGUUUUCUAGAGAAAGUAGCAAGAAGAACUGGUAAUGACUUGGACUAAAACUGGGACAAUAGUUCCAACAAAGACACAAUUUAAUAUGCAAUUUUUCCAAAUGAUGUUGUGACAUCCUGAUUAAAGGUGUUUGAAGUUUGACUGUAAAUCUGCUCUUUUGUAAAUACAGCUGUCGUUUCUCUCCUGGUGAUUCUCUUUUGCAUAA